ACUGUAGUGAUAAUAUUGUUGAGAGCAAACAGUAUAUCAGUUCACCAAACUACCCAGAAGCUUACAAUAAUAAGGACCAGUGUAUUAUAAAUAUCGUCAACCCCGAUCAAGAUGCUUGCGUUCGAUUGAUAUUCCUGGCAUUUGACGUACAAGAUGGAAGUACAUUUGGUGUCUGUGAUAGGGACUCAUUAAUGAUUGAAGACUCUGGUAACAGUGCAUUGUCGAGUGAAUUCUGUGGAAACAGACUUCCACCUCCCUGGGUGUCAUCUACCGCCAACGUAGUGGUAACGUUCAGUACUGAUCCCGAAGUGACUCGCACAGGAUACGAGAUUUACGUGAGAUUUGAAGAUUGCCCUCAGUUUAUUUGGCAGAGUAGUGAAUGGAGUGAUGUUGCAGUAACUGGAAAUCCAGCUUUAACGCGGCGAUAUUGUGGUGAUGGGUUUCUACCACCCACAUUGAUUUCAACUGGACCCACCAUCACAUUACGAUUCCAUAGCGAUGAAGACAGUGUUCAUAAAGGCUUCAGUAUAUACGAGUUAUUUGUACAAUGCCCACUGUAUGCCUAUUUUGCUACAGAUUGGAAUGAGUGUUCAGUGUCUUGUGGAGAUGGUGAAAGAAAUCGUAUUGUUACUUGUCAUCGCCUUUCUGAUAGCCAGGUUGUGAAUGAUUUGUUUUGUGCUGGAACUAAGCCAUCUCAACUUGAAACAUGUACACGUCCAUCAUGUUUAGGAUGUGAUUCAUCAGUAACGUCUCCAUACCAGUCGAUUGGCAUAUCUAAUUAUGAUAACAAUCAAGACUGUGAAAUCACAAUCACCAAUGUAGAUGGAUGUAUUGCGUUGAUUUUCUUGAGUAUGAGUAUUGAAGCUGGCACGCCAAAUGUUUGUGAAAAUGACUAUCUUGAGAUUGAUGAUUUAGGUGCAACUUUACCUCCGCGAAAGUUCUGCGGCAAUGAAUUACCACAUGAGUGGUUUUCAGUCAGUGGUAAUGUCGUUUUACGUUUCCAUAGUAACGAUGCAAUCACAGAUGAGGGUUUUAGUGUAUUUGUACAGUUUGUGGAUUGUCCUACAUAUGUUUGGGAUGUUGCUGAUUGGUCUGCUUGUGAUGCUGAUUGUGGUGGUGGUACAAGAUCUCGGACCGUGACUUGUCAGAACUCGCAGACACAAUACAAUGUAUCAGAUACCGAAUGUCCAUUACCAAAACCAUCGGAAUUAGAAGAAUGUAAUACCGACCCAUGUCCAG